UGUGUGCAAGAGUAGAGCUGGAACCAAAACCUGCAGGAGUCAGGACAGGGGGGCCUUGAGGACUGGGACGGGGGCCACUGGAGUAAAGUAAUCAGUGUUGAUGCAACCCAGACAAAACGUUUUCAGCUUUGUUCAUCUACUUGUUUCAUGCUGUUGAGAACUUACAAAGGGCAGGAGGCACUUCUUGACCUGGCCAAACUGUCCAAAGUACUCCCUCAUCUCCUCUGCAAGAGAAAAAUGACACUCACGUUACAUGGAUGAUGAGCAGGUAGUUUCAGCUAAACUGGACACUGCUGCAGUGAGUGAUGUGGAGGCCAGGAGAGCUGGACUUCGGCCUGUCAGAGACUGGAGAGCUUUUGGCCUGCAGGGCUUCCCAGGGUUCAUCUUCAUCUCCAACCCCUUUCUGCCAGGCUCCCAGCCCUUCUGGCUCAGACAGUGUCUAAAGACUUACCCUCAGAAACCCAACAUCUGUAACCUGGACAUGCACAUGUCGGCCACAGAUACCACAGACAUCUGGGACAAGAGUGCAGAUGCCCUCAGGGCUCCUCCCUCUGGUAAGAGGGAACCAAAAACACUGCUGGAGAGGCUUCGCUGGGUCACCCUGGGCUAUCAUUAUGACUGGAAUACCAAGACAUACUCGGCAAGUCAUUACACACCUUUCCCAGCUGAUCUCCAUAUGCUGUCUUGCCACAUAGCGGCUGUCUGCGGUUUCCCAGGCUUCAAUGCUGAGGCAGGAAUCCUCAAUUACUACCGAUCUGAUUCCUCACUAGGAAUUCAUGUGGAUGAAUCAGAGCUGGAUCACACGCAACCGUUGCUGUCGUUCAGUUUUGGACAGUCAGCCAUAUUCCUCCUGGGCGGCCCCCAGAGAGAGGACCCCCCCACUGCAAUGUGCAUGCACAGCGGUGACGUGAUGGUGAUGUCAGGCCCCAGUCGCCUCCUCUACCAUGCUGUACCACGUAUCAUACCAGCACCCCAAGGAAACCCCUGCCAACUGGCUUUAGAGACACAAAGCCCAGGUCUACACCAAGGAGGCACUCAGAACUUAGCCCAGGAGGAGAGCACUGUGGUGGGGCCAGUGUCCAGGGAGGACUGGAGAGUGUGCUCUAGGUACAUAGAAAGCUCCAGAGUGAAUGUGACCAUCAGACAGGUGCUCGGGCCGGGGCAGAGCUUCCCAGAAACACUCCCCUCCCACCAACGGACAGAUGCAAGCCGGACAGAGACGUAUCAUGAUGGAUCACCAGAUGGAAAAAGUCGAGGACAGAAGAGGAAGAAUUCGAGUGACUCUAGUGAUACAGUGGAGACGUAAAUCAUGGAAAGACUUCUAGACCUCCUGGCUUUAAAGGACCAUACCAGUGAUUUUGCAUGUUUAGCAUAAAAUCUACAAAAUAUGUGCUUCACAUUUCUGCUAAUCUUUUCCCAAAGCUAGCAGUCAUGUUUUCAAACUCUGAUAUCUUUUUCCUACCUUUUAUCCAGCUAUUGGUAUCCAUUCAUUCAACUAUGAUAUAAAUAUGAACUUUAAGAGACUUCAAACUUUCUGCACACCAGUAUUCCAUCACUGUAAUAAAGUCCUCUUAGUUUUCCUAAAAGCAGCACCACUGUUGGGUUGAUGACUUGAAAUUUGGUGGAGUGAAACAGUCUCUCUGCCAGGGAAAAUAGUCCCCGGGGAAAUGUUUGCGUUUCACAGCCAGUUAUCAGUUCUGUGGUUUCUGAGUGUCAACAUUUUGUUAGCUACAGAAAGCUGAAAUCUUUAGUGCCCCUGCAUGAUUUGCAAAAUGCUUUGCUGGAAUGUAAAAUGUGGAGAAAUUUUUACUAAAUGAGCCAAACAUUCAAAAUCACAGGUAUGGUCCUGUAAAAGAUAGGUUUGGUAUUUUUCAGUACAGGCCGUAUUAAAACAAUGAUACCUAACAUUUAUGACUGUAUGUAGCACAACCUCCGCUAGCCUUAGUGAAGCUACUUAGAAACCUUCAGCACAAUCCAAUAGGGCACUUGUUGCCUCAAACCCAUUCAAAAUGUCCUUUUUGAAAAUGUGAAACUCACAGCACAGUCAAAUACAUCUUGAAAUUGUCCACCCAAAAAAUGGUUGCAAAUUUUGCCUGCUAAUAAGUUUUAGUUACUACUGACAACAAUAUAUUGCCUUAGAUGCAGUCAUUUCAGAAUUGUGUGCUGCUUCUCUUCAAUAAAGCUAGCACUAAAAUUGUGCUAUAUAUGAUUAUAAAUGAUGGGUAUUAGCAUUUUGAAUACAGCCUCGGUUGAAAAAUACUGAACCUCUCCUUUAAUAUGCAUUUCUUGAUAUGACGUAGCUGAGUUAUAUUUGCACAUUAUUAUGUUGAAAUCCACCAUCCAAAGUUAUUACUCUGGACCCAGUCACCCUGGUUGGGUCAUUUUAUAGGUCCAGUCCAGGAUCACCGGAUCCUCUAUACUAGAGCCAGGUGAUUAAUGUACUGUAAUUGGUUGGAAGACAAAAAAAAAAACCUUCAUGACCAUAGAAUAAACCCGUGAUAACUCACA